AUGGACGACGACAUGCAGAACAUCGGCGGGAGGGACGACAACACCUUUUUUGACACGUCGACCGACUGUCUGCCGCUCGAAACUCCCGCUCAAGCUAACUUAGUGCCUGCUUUCGUGCAGGAUAGGGACUUAAGUAGCUUCUACGAUCAACUCAUGCAGAACGACCCCGCUCCGCAACUCCAGUCUGCCGCUUCCCAGCUCCAGCAGCAGCAGCAACAGUCGCAACUUGAACAGCAGCAGCAGCAGCAGCAACAGCAGCAGCAGCAGAUUCAGCUAACGAACCCGUCACACGACGCCUCCGUGGCCGCCGCAACGAUGCGCGGGCGCGGCGAGCACGCGAACUCCCAGAGCUUGUCGGCCAAAUCCCUCGCCGCGGCGCUUCUAGACCCGAAGUCCGAUGUGGGCCACCGCAUUCGCUGCUCCGGCGUGGCGGCAUUAACCCCGUCGGAGCAGCAGCUGCUGCUGGCGGCGCUGCAAAAAGAGGCUCAGGAAUCGGCGGCGGCGGCGGCGGCGGCGGCGGGGCCGCAACCCGUCGCACGCAGACCGACGGGAUCUGCUGCGGAAAUCGUGCCGCGAGUGAAGUCUUUCGGCUCAUCUCCUCCCGCGCGCUUCAGCGAGUUUACCGCCGCAACAGGCGCCGGCGAUCACGCCGCAGGCGAGGACUCCAGAAGCGCGGGACACAGGAAAUCAGCAUCAUUCUCCGUCGGCCAACGGAUCGCCGCGAGUUCCGCCGCCAUGGCCGCCGAUCAUUCAUCGGGUCUACGGUCGAGGCGCGGUCUUCCGGACCUACAUCAAGUCCGUGGUUUGGAUACAGGCCACAGCGGCGGCUCGGGAAUGUCGCCUCUUACUCGUCCGAGCCCGUCCGGGAAGCGCGACGCGGAGGGAAACCUCGUUGUAAGCACGCCGGGGCGCUUCUCGACGCUAGGAGCCAGCCCGCGCGGGCCCCUUCAAGUGGCGGAUGCGCAAGGGAUGGGCGCAGGCUCCCUGGGGGGAGGAAGCGGAGGAUCCGGAGACAGCGCGCACCUGUCGAUCAGCCCUGAAGCGGUUUUGGCGGCGGAGCUUUCGAAGAUCGGCGUGUCGCCUGCCGUCAUUGCCGCGACGGCUGGCGCGGCGGGUCGCAACGUGUCGGGAAGUGGCGGCGGGCAGAUAGCAGGCGGCAUGGCGGAUAUUUCCGCGCUAUGGGGAAGGGGAGGGCUAAACCCUAAAGCGGGGACGGGGAGCUGGGGGGCGGAAACGGGCAAGGAAGGGGGGAAAAGGCACGCGGGCGCAGGGGGGGUUGGCGGGGGGGACAGCGGUCUGGCGGCGCAGCAGCAACAGCCCGCGGGCGGGAGCCAGCAGCUUUCGCUACAGAAGCAGGGAUCCGGAUCGGAUUAUUCCAAGGACGGCCAUACAGAAGGCGCUACGGCGUUUGCCGGCAGUCCCGACGGAGGAGGUGCGGGAGGCGGAAGCGCCAACGCCCACGGCCACAUCGCUGGCUACUCUACCAAGCCGCGGAGUGUCGCGGAGCGCAUGCGGAGGGAAAAGAUUACGUCGCGUCUUCAGAACCUCAAGGAGGUGCUUCCUAAGAUGGACGCUGAGACUGACACGUCAGCGAUGCUGGAAGAUGCGGUGGUGUACAUUCAGUCGCUGCAGGCUCGAUGUAAAGCGCUCGAGCGGCAGAACGGGGCGCUCUCGCACCAGCUGCGCGAAAUCGGGGUUACACCAGCUGUCAUCAGUAACCCUCAGUUUUAUAACCAAUAA